AUGAAGAGUAGACUUGUUGCAAAGAAUAUCUUGUUGAACGAUGGAAAAUUCUUUCAUGUGCGUUGUUGUGCUCAUAUCUUAGCUCUUAUUGUAAAAGAAGGACUUAAGGAGAUUGAUCCAGCCGUGCUUAAGAUAAGAGCAUCAGUGAAGUCCCUUAAAAAGUCCCAAGUAAUAAAACAAAAGUUCUUGGACAUUGUUAAUACUUUAGGAAUGUGUGGAAUAAAAAGGGGUAUUCGUCAAGACGUAAAGACAAGGUGGAAUUCAACUUAUCUUAUGUUAGAUAGUUGUAUCCUGUAUAAGCCAGUUUUCUCUCAUUUGAAGUUGGUAGAUUCAGACUAUGAAGACUGUCCAACUGAUGAAGAAUGGGAACAAAUUGAAGUAGUCACAAAGUUUCUCAAGGUGUUUCAUGAUAUCACAAAGAUAUUUUCUGGUAGUAAGUAUCCUACUUCCAAUCUGUAUUUUGAAAGAAUUUGUCAAGUUCAGGUGUUACUAAAGAAAGAAAGUAGAAAUGAUAUUGAAUUCAUUAGGAACAUGGUAAAAGAGAUGCAAGCAAAAUUUGAUAGUUAUUGGAAGGAGUUGAGUCCUAUAUUGGCUAUGGCAGUUGUGUUAGAUCCUAGAUCGAAAAUGAAUUUUGUGAAAUUUACUUACUCCAAGUUGUAUCCUGAGGUGAGAGAAUUAGAACGUGAAGUUAAUAAAGUGCGUAGUAAUAUGACAGCACUUUUUAAUGAGUAUUACACCUUGUCAAGUUCAAGAGCUUCCAAUAGUUGUGCAACUCAGAAUUUGGGUAUUCAAAAUGGUGGGAAUUCUGCUGCCGAAGAAGGGAGUGAUUUUUUUCAGGAAUAUGUUGCAACACAGGAACGUGGUGGUGAUGUACUUACUGACUUGUCAGAGUUAGAUGAAUAUCUUGGCGAGUCGUACAGGGGUUGUCUAAAUUCACCACUCGACAUCCUAAAUUAUUGGAAGAACCAUGAACAACGAUUUCCGGAAAAGAAGAUAUGGAUGAGAACAAUGGGAUUAUUGAAGAAGAUGUAUUAG